AGUCAAAAAUCGAUCCACCAUAAUCAAGCCCACGCUGAUUCGCCCUCCGCCGCCUCUCCCUCCCCCGUUGGGAUCAAUACCAACAAGAUCGAAGUGGGUUUCUUCCUUCGCAUCCAAGCAAAGCAAGGCAUCGAGAGUAGGGAGAGAUUCGAUAGAGAGAAGCAAUGGUCGCUCGCAACUUCGUCGUCCGUCACAACGACGCGCAAUUCCCCGUCGAGUGCGACACCGACUUCGGAUUCGAAGUCCUUCAGUACCAGAUAUUCUCGCUGACCUCCGUGCCACCGGAGGAUCAAAGGAUCUUGGUGGAGGAUGGGGAACAUGUUGUCACGGAUGAGUCGGAUCUCGAGUCCAUUACUGAUAAACUCCGGUUGGUGUCCAUUCAAGAAGAAGGGGAGAAGGCAAGAGCCGCCGAGGUUGAGAAAUCCGACGAAGAAUUGGCACGUAUGUUGCAGGCCGAGGAGGAGGCACUUUUGCUCCAGCAGUAUGCUGCCACAGGUGAUGGAAGAGAGUUCGAGCAGAGGGUCCGGUCAUAUGUCCAGCAGGUUCUCAUGUAUGAGGAUCCACACCGCCAAGAUGCUGCUCGGAAGACGGUUCCCAUCGAUGAAGUUGAGGAGAAGGCAUUAGUCAGUUUGGCCAAGGAUGGAAUUUUGAGACCUUCAAAAGAUGAGACAGAUCAUGCAUUCUUGCUGCAGUUGCUUUUCUGGUUCAAACAGUCAUUUAGGUGGGUCAACUCACCACCUUGUGAUAAAUGUGGUGGUGGAACUAACAGCAUUGGCAUGGGUAAUCCAGAUCAUUCUGAGAUAGAAUUUGGUGCUCGUCGUGUUGAACUUUAUAGUUGCAACAUUUGCUCGAAUAUUACUCGUUUUCCACGCUACAAUGAUCCGUUAAAGCUUCUACAAACAAGGAGAGGGCGAUGUGGGGAAUGGGCUAAUUGUUUUACACUCUAUUGUCGAGCUUUUGGAUAUGAAGCUCGUCUGAUAUUGGAUUUCACUGAUCAUGUUUGGACAGAGUGCUUUUCUCAUUCUUUGGGAAGAUGGAUGCAUCUUGAUCCAUGUGAAGGAGUAUAUGAUAAUCCAUUAUUGUAUGAAAAAGGCUGGAACAAGAAGCUAAACUAUGUAAUUGCUAUUGCCAAAAAUGGAACUUAUGAUGUUACCAAACGUUACACAAGGAAGUGGCACGAGGUCUUAGCUAGACGGAUCCUUGCAACAGAAACUGUUGUGGCUUCUGUACUUUCCUCCAUAAGAAAAGAGUGUCGUAAUGGGUAUUCACCUGAAAUACUUCAAGUGCUGGAGAAUUUUGACAAGAAAGAAGUAGAGGAACUUGAGAGAGAGGUUUAUCUUCAAGUUGAUGCUUCUGUAUCAUUACCUGGAAGGCAAAGCGGGGCUAUAGAAUGGCGAAGAGCAAGACUUGAGUGUGGUUUUAGUGAGAGUAACUCAUUGAGCUGUUCUUCGUGUCCAGUACGAAUAUGUGUAGAUGAUCAUGUUACAGGCAUCUACACUGCCUUUGCUCUUUUGUGCUCUCAAAUUAAUGUUGAAAAUCUCUCACCAGCAAACUUUCUUGAAGUUCUAAAAAUGCUAAAAGACUUGCUGAUGAAUCUUAAGACUAAGUCCUUCAGAAACAGGACGUCUCUUUUGGAGCUAAAUGAGUCUCAGAUUUCUGACAAGAUGAUGCUCUAUAUUGAAGGAUUGCUGUCAGCUAUUUCAUUGAAACGAGAGUCAGAAAACAAUGGAAAUGUUUGUGUUUCUUUAUCAGGCGAUCCUGUUCAAACUUCUAUAGCUUUGCCAGUGGCAUUGGAUGUGGUUAAUGAAAUUAUGGAUAACAUGAAGGGAAAUGAUGAUUUUCCCAUAAAUGUGCAAUUCCCGAAAGUGAAUAGACUGUCUUCUGGCUCAGUUCUUGCAAGCGGUGAACAACUCCCUUUUGGGAUUGCUACAUCAGCUUUUGAUGGUAUUCUAUCAACCAAAUGGGAAGAACCAAAUGGAGCCAAAGGAUGCUGGCUUAUUUAUGGAGUUUCUGAUGACCAAAUGUAUGAGCUUCAGUCAUAUGAUUUGCUAUCAGCUAAUGAUGCUCCAGAAAGAGAUCCAAUGGACUGGAUUGUGGAAGGAAGCGAAGAUGGAGGCUCAAGCUGGAAUGUGUUGGAUGAACAGAAUUCUCAGAUAUUCGAGAGGCGUUUUCAGCGGAAAACCUUUAUGGUAAAGAAGAAGUGCAUGUCCAAAGCGUUUAGAUUCAGGUUCCUAGCAGCCAGAGAUGUUAAAGCAAAUUCUAGGUUUCAGAUAGGAGGCAUCGACCUCUAUGCAAAACCUUACUAGUUUCUUGGGAUAUCCUACAUGAACUGAGGUUCUGAGUGGAGGAUGUAAUGUCCACAAACAAACGAUAAAUGUGAGCAUAAGUUAAAAGCAACGAAUAAUAAUUCCAUCUAUUUACUCCAUGCAUUCAACAGUUAUAAUUUGAUUGUUCAAAGUGUUUUUUGUAAUCUGUGGCUCACAUGAUACUAAGUUAUGGAAGAUUGUUGUGUAGUUAAUAAAAAAAGAAAAUUUGUUUUGACA